AUGUUUAAAGGGACAUUUUCCUUGCGUGAUGAGAAACCCGGAAAUUGUCCUUUUAACAACAUCACAUCUCAAGCAGUUUGGACAGUAUCAUCUACUCAACCUGGUAGCGGAAUACAAAACCUCUUCGAUGGAAAUAGAGAUACAUAUUGGCAAUCAGAUGGCAAUCUUCCUCAUCAAAUCAUAGCUCAAUUCGCCAAGAAAAUGUUCAUAUCCGUUGUUAAGAUUGCUGUUUCAACGCAAGAUGAUAAUUACGCUCCAUUACAAGUUGAUAUCCAGACAGGCAAUGAUCCAAACAGUAUGAAUUCUAAAGGAACUUUCGCAAUAGAGAAUUUUAAUGGAGUUAAUACAUUUCAUAUUGAAAUAGAAGCAAUAUUUCUCGCGAUUUUGAUUGUUCGAAAUUUAAAUGAUGGAAAGAAUUCAAAAAUACGAUCGCUACAAGUGUUUGGAAGUCUCAGAACUAUCUCUCCCGAACCUUCUUUUGCAUUUAAGAAACCAGAACUCGCAAUGCAUCUUGGAAUACGAUAA